AUGAAGCCCAUCAUAAUUUUCUUCACUCUUGCCUAUUUGCUGUCCUUUGGGGCCGCUCAGGGUCUCAGCAGCCUCCCAAAGUGUGGGCAAGAGUGUGCCAUCAACGCUCUCCCCAAGGAGUGCGGUCUCGAUAUCACCUGCAUCUGCAAGGACAAGGGUUUCUUCGCCUCCGUUGCCUGCUGCAUCACCGAGACCUGCAACCUUGAAGAACAGAAGCGUAAGCGCAAAGGUUCCAAGGCGACUGCCCACUCGGAUAUACUAACGCCUCACACUGCAGAGGUUCUUGAGUCGGCCAAGUCCAUCUGUGCACCUGGCGAUGUGACUGACCUGCCUCCCUCCAUCGUCUGCCCAACCGCCAGCAACCAUGUCACCACCGCUACUGUGACUGUCACCACCGCCAGCACUACCAACUCGACUGCUGUGCACGUAGCUCACUGUACCGGUGACCACGGCGAUGUCAGUGAUUGCAAUGCUACACCCACCCUUAGCGGAACUAGCACUGGAGCCACAUCCAUGAUGACAACCCAUACCUUGACGUCGACUUACGAGACAACGUUGAGCACCACGACCAGUCACUCUGAUGCUUCAACCUCUGCGCCCACGGACUCGGCAACUUCGACUACCGCCAAGGCUACGCAUACCGGAGGAGCCGCUGCAAUGAACAAAGACGCUUACAAGGCGGCGGCCGGUGCCGUUGCCCUCUUCGCUUUCUUUGCCUAA